GUAGCCCCUGACCCAACCAUGAAGCCUUGUGACACCUAGAAACCCUGGAAACAUAUAUAAUGACAGUAAUACCCGGUUAAUAUCAUCUCUAUACUAUUUUUUAUCAUGAGAAACUGAUGAACUUCAAAGAUUCAAAGCUGCAGUUCGGACACAGGGAUGUUUGCUUCACCCUCAGAGUCACCCUUCCUUGGGGCGCCAGGCCGAGGGAGGCAGCGAGGCGUCUUGUUUUCUCCUAUAAGUGAAUCAACGCGUUCAAUACUUACCUUUACCUGGAUUGUGGGCGAUAACUAAGCAUGCCACAGAUUUGAAGGGGUCUAGUGGGUACUAACAACGCUUAUCACAACUUCCCUGUAGCUGCCAAAAGUUUCCAGGAGGAUGAGGCCCUGGAGGGGUCUGGCGGAAAACUGAAAAAAAGCCCUACAUGGAGAUUGACUGGCAUCAACCACUGAAAGGCAGAAGAUUAUAAAUUUUCACUAUUAGCAUGGAGGAGGAACAACAGUGUGCUAAUGAAGAGGGUGAGGUGGCACCUAAUGAGGAUGCGCCUGAUGAAGGGGAAACUCGCCUGAUCAUAGACGAAGGCAGCUUGCAACCAGAAGACAAGAGAGAAGACCCCAAAUCUAAAAGAAAAUCCAGAUUUUCAAAAUUAAAGCAGAGUGGGCAAGAAAUAGCAAACUUAUACCCUUGUCCAGACUGUGGCAUAACAUUCAGAAGAAAAGCCAAACUAGAGUCUCACUUGCUCACCCACAAGUCUAAGGAUGAGUUUGAGUGCGAAAACUGCAAGCAAAAGUUCCGUAAAGAAGACGCGUUAUUUACUCACGUGUGUAGUGGCUUAAGUAACAACUAUAAGUGUUCUGAGUGUGAUGAAUUGUUCAGACUCAAGAGAGAUCUUCUGCUUCACCAACAAAGUCAUAAGCAAGCAUCAUCUGAUGAACAACUAGAUGAGAAGAAUUCUAGUGAAGAAUUUGAUUUUUCAACUUUUGUGGCAUCUUUUGUGAAAUGGCCAGUCAGUUGCACACAGUGUGAAGAAGAAUUAGUUGAUCUUAAACACUAUAAUGCUCAUAUGGCAGCUCACAAGAAAGGGGAGCCAAGCUAUUAUUGUUUGAUGUGUAAGACAAAUUUUUCAUGCAAAAAUGACUACCUACUCCAUAAAGAUAUUUGUCAUAUAGAAGGAAUUUUUGAGUGCACUUUUUGCUGGAAAAGGUUUCAUACUGAAAAGAGACUUCGGGAUCACCUGGACUCUCACAGUGGAGAGGGAGUCUGCUGUGAUAGUUGUGGGUUGAGGUUUGUUGACAAGGAAAAGUUAUCAUCCCACAUGAAAGUUCAUAGUAGUAAAAGUACAAGUAUAUUUGUGUGUGCAAAGUGUAAAAAGAUAUUUAGAUGCAACAGUUCCUUGAAGAAUCACAGUUGUGCCCCAGAAAAUAAAGAGAAAAAGUUAUAUACAUUUGAUGACAAUACAAUGAAAAUGAAUGAACAAUGUCAGGAUUCUAUGUCAACCAUUGAAGACAGUGAGGGUGAAGAUGCUGAGCUUUGUGAAGUCCUCACUGAUUCUUAUCUUUGCAAGACGUGUGGGGAUUCAUUUCAACAGAGGGAAGAUCUCAUCUCUCACCUUGAAAUUCACUUUCAGUGUGUAGAAUGUAAAAAGUACUUUAAGAGUCAAAUGGAUCUCGAUAUGCAUAAAUUUUUGCUUGGUGAUGAAAAACUUUAUUCAUGCUGUUUAUGUGAAGCUGUGGUUCAUGGCAAGAAAGAACUUGAAGGUCAUAUUUCCUUCCAUUUGAAAACAGAAGAUGACUUACUUGAUGAUUUAGAAUGGGAAGACAAUAAUGAGAAUUUGCAGAAUAUCACUCAAAGUUCAGAUACCAAUGAACCAUUGUACCCCAGUUCAUGUGAAAGGUCUCAAGUAAGUGCUAAGAUCCACAAGGUCAUACCUGCUGGUCGGAAUGCACUCAAAUGUUUAAGUUGUGGCAAAUUUGUUUUCUCACAUCACAACCUGUCAGCAAACAUAGAAUCCAGCACACCAGCAGGAGACACUGAUGAAGAAUAUGUGUACAUCUCCAGGUUAGGGAGUCCAAAAAUCAAACCAAGACAUACAGAAGAAACUUGCUGUUCAUGUCACCAUAGUUCAGGCGCUGUUUUAGGAGCUCUAAGUGAGCAAAAUAUAAAUCAAAGUAUAUCUUCUUCCAGUGAAUGUGGAGAUAAAGAAGCCUUAAAGAUUUUAGCCACCACUCAAAUACCAACCCAUUUGCAUACACAUAAGAAUGUGGUUAAUGACUCCAUUGACACCAAAUCUAAAUCAUUCCUCAAUCAGGUUGCUAAAAACAUUUCUGUUAUAUUAGAUACUAACAGUAAAUAUGAUACAUCUGGUAAGUCUGAUGAGGCUAUAAAGUCUCAGAGAGAAGAUUGUAAGGUAUUGUUGAAUUCUGUAAAUUCUACAGAGUUGCUGGAGAAGAGCUUAUCAAGUUCUUCUGCAUCGAGCCUAGCAGCAGCCAGUCCUGCAAAGAAAAGUAACAAUAGUCCGUCAGAACAUUUAAAGGCUGGUUUGACAAAUGAAGAUGUUGAGUGUAAAAAAGUAAUAACUUCUCCCAAGACGUUAGGAAUAAGGGUAAUCAAGUUAGACAGUAGUAAGGUUAAUUCUGAAUCUUCAAAAAUAAGCACAAAACUGUUGAGUAAAAGUAAUUUGGGGAAAGGUGAUAUUCCUGCACCAGUGAAAAUUUUUGUGAGAACAUCUGGGUUGUUGUCAGUCUCUGGCAAAAAUGGAGGAAAGGAAUUAGGGGCAGCUUCUAAAUUACCUACUACUAAUAAACACUCAAAAUCAUCUGUAAACAACAGAAUCAGUUUCAGGAAAAUACUUCCUAAAGUGAAUGUUGCUCCCAAAGAAGAUACAGAGUUGUCUCCCAAGAGGAAAGGAAUGGGUCAAGGCUCUCAGGACAGUUCGCCACCACUAACAAAGAAAAUAAAAGUUGAAGUUCCUUCAAAAAAGUUGCCACCUUCCAAGCGCACAGGUGUUAAUAUAAUUGAAUUAGUUCCUUCUGUGUCGAAUAUAAAUGGAGUGAAAACUUCUGAAUAUGAGAAGAUAACAUUAGAAAAUAAAUAUCUUAAUGCUGCCAUUGAAAAAAGUAGAACUGGUGGCCAGCAAUCAUUGCACAACUCUGGUGUUACUGAGCAGGUGGUGGCUGAUCCAAAAAGAAAAUCCAACACAUUUGAUACAGUAGAACCAGUAGUGUUGGUGAAGGACAGAAGCAAGAGAUCAUCCAAAAGAACCCUCUAUAAGAAACGAGAACACCAAGGAAAUAAUACAAAAAGGGGAGACACUUCUACCUUAGAUGCUAAUGGCAGUGAUCCUGUCCCACUCCCUGAACCCAACAUGACAGUCAAGGUAGAAAAACUUAGCUAUGACUCGGAGGAAUAUGAUGAGGAUGAUUCCCUUGACUUCAGUGGAAUCAAAAAGGAGUUCCUUGCUUGUGAUGCACUCAUAAAGGAGGAAUGGGAUAUUGUUGACUUCUGAAAUUAGUAGUCAAGAUAACUUUGGUGAGGAAUUUGCCUAGGAACUGUAAUUCAUCAUGGUCUUGAUUUUAUGGAAACAGUCAAUUUGCAUCUUGAUUGAGGUUUUUAAUGGCUGUUUUAAGUUUUAUGUUUUUAUUUAAUAAUGUGAAAAUCUUGUCAACAGUUUUUAAUCAUGUAUGAGAUCUUUUGCACAAGUUUUUAGUUGAAAUAGUGAAAUUGCUUGCAUGAAGUUGGACAUGUUCAAGAAGGUAGGCUUUGCAAUUUUAUGUAGCUAUUUGUUAUUUGUUCAUGGUUCUGUAUUUUACAGUUUAGUAACAAGAUAUAUUUUAAGGCACUUGAAAUAGAGUUGAGUGGGUGUUAAGUUUUGGGAAUUUUGUUUGAAUUUUAAGUUUCAUUGUGCAUAAAUUUGGCACUCAUGCAUCCAAUAUUUAGUGUCCAAUUUCUCAUUCUUUUUUAAUUGCGUAAGUUUUCUAUGAUAAAAUAAUCUGCAGGUGCCAGGAGCUAGAAUGGAUAAGGUGCAUUGAAUAAUAAGUCUGCAUAUGUAUAGUGUGUAUAUAUACAGGUUAACCUUCUGAUAAAUGGAGAUGUGUUCCUGGAAAACCUGAUGUAUAGUGAAUGAUUGUAGUAUAGUAAAGCUGUGGUAGAUUGGGUUCAAAGAAGAUGAAUUCCUGGGCAGUUAACCACACACACACACAAGGUGGCUCAAUCGGCUAGAGAGGCGCGCUGCAAGGCUUCAGGGCCAAACAGGCGGCAGUUCAAGCCCUGCUCAGGCCGGAUUCUUUCCGUUGACGAGGAGUGGUUACUGUCCCCCCUUGAGGAAGGAGGAUGGGGUGUGUGGUGUGUGAGGUCUUGGCAGUACCCAGAGAUCGACGAUAAUGAGCAUGCACUUGCUCAUGUCAGGAGGGUACCUGCUGGCAAAAGCGAGUUCAACUUGUUAUUAGGCCGUGGUGAAUUACACACACACACACACCGUUUUAGAAUAAUGAGUGCUAUAACAAAAGAUAUUUAAGAACCAAUUUUGUUUACUAUAGCAUACCCCUCUAUAUGUGCAUGUGUGUGUAUAUGUGUGUGUGUGUGCGUGCCUGUGUCCAAGAGUGUAUGGGAUAGAUCUAGCCAACCCCAGGAAUGAGACAAUUUAGCAAUCAUGAAUUUGAAAACAUAAAUAUAAGUAUAUAUAGGAUGUACAUAAAUAAAAACAAUGUAACUAAGAAUAUAUGAAUGAUAAUAAACCAUUGUGUGAAAUGUGUUGUCCAGUCAGAAUCAUCUCAUGUCCUCCAACACUGAGGAAAGUUCAUUAUUUUCAUCAUUGCAUGUAACUAUGUACAUCAGAAAUUCAUAUAUUCAUUAAAUUUUUCAAGGAAU